GAGAGCAAAAGUUGUUUUGUCAUUCUGCUGGCUGGUGUUUGGUUCGAAAUAUUCCGAAGUUUCACGUAUCCUGUCGAUAAUUCUGCCGGAAGUGCCAGCUCGCUCGAUUACCGGAAUCAGGCAAUAACCACAAUGCCGUCGGAAACAAGUACAACCAAGGUGAUUGUGCACCCACUGGUGCUACUCAGCGUUGUAGAUCAUUUCAACCGGAUGGGUAAGAUCGGCAAUCAGAAGCGAGUCGUCGGUGUACUGCUUGGCUGCUGGAAAGCCAAAGGCGUCCUGGAUGUGUCGAAUAGCUUUGCUGUUCCUUUCGACGAAGACGACAAAGAUAAAUCCGUCUGGUUCCUGGACCACGACUACUUGGAAAAUAUGUACGGCAUGUUUAAAAAGGUAAACGCUCGGGAACGCGUUGUCGGUUGGUAUCACACAGGACCAAAGCUGUGCCAGAACGACAUUGCCAUUAACGAGCUGAUCCGGCGCUACUGCCCCAACUCGGUGCUCGUCAUUAUCGAUGCAAAACCGAAAGAUUUAGGUCUACCAACGGAAGCGUACAUUGCCGUUGAGGAAGUGCACGAUGAUGGUACACCGACAUCAAAGACGUUCGAGCACGUCCCUAGCGAAAUCGGUGCGGAAGAAGCAGAGGAGGUCGGUGUUGAGCAUUUACUGCGGGAUAUCAAGGAUACUACGGUGGGAAGCUUAUCGCAGAAGAUCACUAACCAAUUGCUGGGCUUGAAAGGUUUGAACGCUCAACUGCGGGACAUUAAAAACUAUCUGCUGAAAGUGGGUAAUGGUCAACUGCCAAUUAAUCAUCCGAUCGUUUAUCAGCUGCAGGAUAUUCUGAACCUGCUGCCAGACAUUACGCAGGAUUCGUUUACCGAUACGCUGUAUGUCAAAACUAAUGACCAGAUGCUGGUGGUAUACCUGGCUUCUCUUGUGCGAUCGAUCAUAGCUUUGCAUAACUUAAUAAACAAUAAACUUACAAAUCGUGACGCCGAGGAGGGCAAAAAGGGAGAUGAUUCUAAGGAUAAAAAGGAUAGCAAAGAAAAAAGCGAGAAAGAAGGCGAAAAGGAGAAAAAGAAAGACGAAAAGGAAAAAAAAGAGGACAGCAAGGGAGAUAAGGCAAAGGAUGAAAAGAAAAAGUAGACUGUUUACGGAUGCUUUGGCUUGUAUGCUCUAUUCUUUUAAGAAGUAAUCUUAUAAUAAUAAAGAUUG